AUGCCGCCGCCGUUACCGUCUCUUCAACUCCGGCGUCUUCUCCUCCGUGGAUUCGCCUCCUCCUCCGGCAAUACUCUCCAGUCUCAGUCCCGUCUCAUUUUUCCUAACUCAUCGUUACCUCCUCUCCCGCCUCCACGUUCCUCUCUAUUCUCGAGCUUCCCUUCUAGAUUCUUCUCAUCCGAAACAAAUGCGGAAUCGGAAACCUUAGAUUCGAAUCAGAUCGCUCUCUCUUUUUCGAAGGAGCUCACUGGAAAUCCGGAUGCUGAUCCUAGCUCCAUUUCGCAGAGCUUCCAUCUCAGCUUCUCCCACAUCACGCCAAAUCCCGAUUUGAUUCUCCAAACCCUCAAUCUCUCCCCGGAAGCUGGUCGCGCGGCCAUAGGGUUCAACGAUUGGUUGGAUUCGAACGCCGGCUUCUCCCACACCGAUGAAACGGUGUCGUUCUUCGUCGAUUACUUCGGCCGUCGGAAGGAUUUCAAAGGGAUGCAAGAGAUCAUCACCAAAUACAAAGGCAUCGCCGGAGCCAAAACGCUAGAGUCUGCAAUCGACAGGCUAGUCCGAGCAGGUCGACCUAAGCAGGUCGUCGAGUUUUUCGAGAAAAUGGAGAUCGAUUACGGAUUGAAACGCGAUAUGGAAUCACUCACCUUGAUCGUAGAGAAGCUCUGCGAGAAAGGUCACGCGAGUUACGCGGAGAAGAUGGUGAAGAAGACUGCUAACGAGAUCUUUCCCGACGAAAACAUCUGCGAUUUGCUGAUUAGCGGUUGGUGCACCGCUGAGAAACUCGACGAAGCGACUAGGUUAGCUGGUGAGAUGGCUAGAGGAGGGUUCGAGAUAGGAACAAGAGCGUACAACGUGAUUCUCGAUUGCGUUUGCAAGCUCUGCAGGAAGAAAGAUCCGUUUAGGCUCCAGCCAGAGGUAGAGAAGGUUCUCCUGGAGAUGGACCAGCGUGGUGUGCCGAGAAAUACAGCGACUUUCAAUGUGUUGAUCAACAAUCUGUGCAAGAUCAGGGGAACGGAAGACGCCAUGAAGCUGUUUGGGAGGAUGAGUGAAUGGGGAUGUCAAGCAGAUGCUGAGACUUACCUUGUUCUGAUCAGAAGCUUGUAUCAAGCAGCUAGGAUCGGUGAAGGAGACGAAAUGAUUGACAAGAUGAAAUCAGCUGGUUACGGUAAGUCUUUGGAUAAGAAAGAGUAUUACGGGUUUAUGAAGAUAUUGUGUGGGAUUGAGAGGCUUGAGCAUGCGAUGAGUGUGUUCAAGGCUAUGAAAGCUGAUGGAUGCAAACCUGGGAUCAAGAGUUAUGAUUUGUUAAUGGGGAAAUUGUGUUCGAUGAACCAGCUAAUGAGAGCUAAUGGUUUGUAUAAAGAAGCGGCGAGGAGAGGUGUCGCUGUGAGUCCUAAGGAAUAUAGAGUUGAUCCGAGGUUUUUGAAGAAGAAGACGAAGGAAGUUGAUGGUAAUGUGAAGAAGAGAGAGACUUUGCCUGAGAAGACUGCGAGGAAGAGGAGACGGCUCAAGCAGAUCAAUAUGAGCUUUGUUAAGAAACCGCGUAAUCAGAUGAGACGAAGAAUGUGA